AUUUGUACCAACCUCAAUCCUCACUUCGAGAAGUAUCUGCAAAAGAGCCUGGCUGUCAAUGAUCACCUAAGGUUUGAAUGCUGUGUGAUUGCUUCGGAAGAGGAUAUGAGGGCAGUGAAGGAUGACUCGGUGGACGUUGUCAUCUGCACGCUGGUGCUGUAUUCUGUCAACGACAUACCGCGAACAUUGCAAGAGGCACAUCGCAUUCUGAGGCCUGUAAGUUGAUUCUCUUUAAGGUAUACAUUUGAGAGCUUAUGCAUUGGAAUGGAAGCACUAGGCUAGACUAACAUCCAUUCUCAAAUUGAAAAUAUUGUCCAUUUGCUGUUAACAUAAUAAAAAGCAUAAUAAAAUAGAAUGUAUCAGAUAAAUGUAGAAAACAAGCCUACAUCUGUCUGGCAUUAUUCCCUUAGGAUUAUAUAACUGAAGUCCCACUAAUGUUAGGGCUUCAGGUGUAGAUUGUGCAGUCUUGAUGAUUAAAACUACUUUCCCACGAAUCAUGGCAACAGUGUUACUCAGAUUAUCUAUUGGUAACAUAGCCUGAGUGCCAGUCUGUUUGUGCUAUCAUGCCAACUCCUUGUCACUCAUUGUCAUGCCAAUAAUGUUUGGCUUGACAAUGAACAAUGGAGUUGGCAUGAUAGCACAAACAGACUGGCACCGGCCAAACCCGGACGACACUGGGCCAAUUGUGAUGGCCCUAUGGCGUUUCAUGGCCAGUUUCAUGAGACACUGGGCAAUCCUGUGCCGGAGAUACUAUAUCACUGAGCAGAAAUGCACUUAUAUUGUGUAUGUGGCUAGUUUGGAAGAGUUAAUCAAACAAAAAAAACAUUGGAUUCAAAAAGUUUGGAAUCAAUUUCUUAGAUUUAGUUCCAACUAAAUAGUCAGUUCUAGCAGAUGUAAAUGUUUCUCUACUAAGCAGCGGUAUGGACUGCAAGACUUUGUUACUAAUGGUGAAACUUUUAUUGAUGUCCAACAGGGUGGUGCUCCGUACUUUCUGGAGCAUGUAGAGUCAGACCCCUCCUCUUGGAUAUACUUCUUCCAGCACGUGCUCCAGCCGAUAUGGAACUACUUUGUGGUAGGA